AUAUUAUAUAUACAUAUUGAUCGCUGUCAACUGAACUACGAAAUACGGAUCCAUCAUUUGUAUAAUGGCAUCUUUCAGUCGCCAACGAGUUUUGCCAGUUACGUCAGGGGACAAUACCCCACAAGUUGAAUCGAAAUACUUUUGUGAAGCUUCAAAUAAUCAGGUUAAUAUAUAUCUUGAGCUAAAAUCACCUGCUCGAAUCGGAGUCAAAAAUCCUCUCUGUUUCAUACUUGUAAUCGACGCAAGUGGUAGUAUGAGUAAUCCGGUUGGAAAUGACAGCACAUCAUUAUUUGACAGGAUGAAGACAUUUGCCCAUAUGAUGAUAGAGCAUGUGUCAAGUGAUGACUAUCUAGCGAUAAUUUCAUUUGCCGAAGAUGCCAGAGUUGAUCUUGGUAUAACAAAGAUGGAUGAUCAUGGAAAGAAUUUGGCAAAAAAAACUUUACCGCUACUGAACUUGAGAGGGACAACAAAUUUAGAAGAUGGCUUGACUAAAGCUCUCGAGGAAAUUAAAUGGGCAAGGUCACAUUUUUGGAAGGAGGGAAAUGUACGAUCCAAUAUUAUUCUUUUCACUGAUGGCUUACCAAACCGCGGAAUAAGGGACGCUCAAAGACUUAUUGCCAAGUACAAAGAAAUCGAAAAGUCAAUGUCGGGCGGAAGUCGCGUUCCACUAUCAGCGUUUACUAUUGGUAACUACAGGCCCGAAGUACUGGUUGAGAUUGCUUCAAAGCUCAGUAGUGAAGCAUUUUACUGGUUGGAUCAGAAUCAGAACUUUGAAAGUGACAUGAUGAUACCACUAUUUUUGAAGAAAAUGACGCACGUGAGUGACGUUCGUGUGAAACUGCAAUCUGGUUGUGACGUUUAUUUUAGCCCAACCAAAACCUCAAAGGAUCAUUUGGAGGAGCAAACAUUUGACAAUCUGACAUAUUUUUUACAUUCUCUACCGGAAGAUAUGCCAAAAACGAUAUCAAUAUACCUCGAGAUCAGACCUGGUUUAUUGUUGUCGAUGCUGCAUGGACAAACUAUUUUGAGCGCACAUAUUUCCUACUUGGAUGAGAACUUGAAAAUGGUGGAAUUUCAAGAUGUGAUCACAUUUUCUCAGUCUACGUUAUUUGAAAUAAUGACCAAAACGUUUGUUCCCAGUGAAAUUCAAGCGAUAGAUGCGGAGACGCAGAGUUAUGCCAGAUCUUCAUAUCUUUUCACAUCCGGAGUCAGUCAAACACAAGAGACUUGGACAGAAGCCAAACAAUCGUUGUUGAAAUAUGUUCAAAUGGCUUGUUUGAAUGAUACUGCCAAUGUUAUUCUCGCAGCACAAAAUCAUGCUCGAGAUGUUAAUGAAAUGGCUGAAUCAACACUUUUGUUAUUCGAGAAACAUACUCAACGAUUUGGGAAAAUUGUACGUAAUGACCAAUUGGCAUUACGUGGUCUGAACAUCUAUUUGUCGCAGCUGAAAUCUCACGUAGAUACGGCAAGAGAGGCAGUUAUAGUCGAAAAUGGGUCCAACUUUUCUCAAAUGGCUGCAAUUGUUUCUGCCUUGAAAAACGAGACUCCCGGCGUCGGAGUAUCAGGGUUAAGAGAAAAACACAAGAUUGACACGAAAUUGAAUGAUCUACGCCAGAUCUUGAGCGAUGCGAAAUCGCAUCUUCGAAAGACCUUGCCAACGAAAGGGUCCCACAAUUAUUCGCGAAUGGCAGAGGUUCUUAGUGCUAUAUAUGGAGAACAAACUGAAUGUGCACAUAAUGAUAAGAAUGAAAACGAAGUGAUGAAAACUUGGAUUUUUGAAGAUAUUUACUUUGUGCUAGCGGAAUCUUAUACAGAUAGGAACAAGCUCGAAAGCACAAUUCAGAAUUUAGGAGGAACUUUCGGCGACAAAAUAAUCGGCGGAAAUGCGCGCACGAUUUAUGUAAUUUGCUCAAAGGAGGGACCACAUAACACAACUAUCAUUACCGAAGCACAGCAGAAAGGGAUACCCAUUGUCCACGAGAAAUACGUUGAAGAAUGUGAGAGGGAAAACGAACUCCUCGCUUGGUUUAAAUUUGCCCUCAAGUCGCAAUAACGGAUUUGUGAUUGGUUUGCAUCACAACAAGACUCGGAACUGCAUAUGCUUGCAUCACAGUCUUCAUUGCAGUCCAUGGUUUGGAUAUAUUGUUAAUGCUGAUUCUAUCUUUAACUGCGCACGCGCUGUCACAAACUCUCAUCCUGACAGAUAAACCUCUUUCACAAUAUGUAGAGACGAGGGACAACAACAAAAAAUCAUAUUCACAAGUUUUUAAAACCAAUUGCAAUGAGUAAAUAUUGACUUUGUCUAUUGAUUUCGAUGUUUAAACUAGAUGGUGAAGCCAUUAUUGAAUCAAUAUAUAUAUGUAAGAUUUCAAAAUAAUAUACUAUGCCGUAUUGUAUAUAAAAUUUCCAUGAAUAAUUUCAUUUUUACAUAAACUUCAAGUCUCAUCACUGAAAGGAUGUUUCAAAUUUUAUGUUGUAUACAAUAGAAAUUACUUUAACAUUUGACUAUUUCAUUUGUUGAAAACAUCAAAGAAUAAGGUAAUUCUAGUGAUUUAUAAUUUGAUGCAAUCAGAACCAACCAUUUUGUAUACCUUCAGAAUCAUAUUAUAGAUGUAACAUUGUAUAUUACAUUCUCAUUUAACUUUCAAUUUUUGUCGUCAUUUUGCAAGAAUUUUAGGGACGGUAUACACGACAGCAGAAUAAUUUACCGUACUGCGGCUCCCUUCUAAGCAUUGUUUUAGCUCGAGAAGUCAUCAAAGGCUACACCUUGUAGAGUUAAUAUAACAAUAAUUAGGCUAUAUUUAAUAUGGCUUACAUAUUUAUCCCGGGGAGAGAAAAAGUCGGUUACCAGUUCAUGGCGGGUAUGGGAUAGUUAGUUACUUAUUUUUUUCAAUCUGCAAGGACUUGAAGGUGGGCCACCUUCAGGAGUUCAUUUUCGAAGGGCACAUAAAUACCUAACAACUUGUAACAAUUGCAAUUUGGGCAGCCGCACAGACACUCCUUCAACUCGGACAGAUAUUUUCAUAGCCUUCAUCCAUUAUUUGUGUUAUUGAAACAUUAGGUGCCUGCGUACUCACAUAUAAGACAAAUUGCACAAUAUUAGACAAAUCGGAUCAACUGAAGAAUUCUGACAGAAUGUGAUAUUUCAUAUUAUAACAUUUGCGAUGCUUUUUGAUAGCACCGAACUUUAUUAUACUUGCCUUCUUGAAGCCUGAAUUAGGUUA